GCGCGGGGGUGCGCGCUUCACUGCAUGAUAUCCUGACGAAUUAAUGUUUACUUAUUAAAAUGCCUUAUACACUCCCGAACAACAGGAGUCUAUAGUUUAAUGUAUAGUUUAAUUGUGUCUGAUUCAAUAGUCUGAAGCACCGCGCAUCUUGAGUCCCGCCUCUUGAGUGGACGCGUCCGCGGAGCUCCAUUCUGCGCGUGAGCUCGCUUCAGUCAAACAGAGUGCGCGUGGAUCUUCAUCUGAAGUCACGUUCAUGUGAUCGAUCGCGUCAUCAUGAGCGACCGAAUCCCGGUGGCUCGGAGCGGACAGUACCAACCGAGAAUGACCGGAUCGAGCAGUGUGCAGAUGGAGGAUCGCGAUGUGAUGCGGCGGAUGGAGAGGGAAAGGAGGAGUCAGGAGGUGCAGCCGGAGGAGACGCAGUACGACCGAAUUGCUCCUCUCUUCAGCGAGCCCUUCAAGAGAAUCAAAGGCGAUGAGCUGUCGAGUCUCAUCCAGAGGAUGCUGGGUAAUUACGAGGAUGGAUCUGAUGACCUUUGCUCUGGUGUGGACGGAUCGGAGGCGUCUCUCACUGCUCCUCCGAGCGCGUCCGGCCCCGUCCCUCCUCCAGGUGAGCGCUGGGACAGUCUGCCGGCCCUGCAUCCCCCCGCGGAGCCGCUGUCCCCUCUGCAGUCCAGCGACUCGGACGGCGGCGCGUCUCCGGAGCGCUGCAGGCUGGACGUCCCGCCGCUGACGCUCACACUCCCGCUGAAUUUGCACUGUAAACCGGCAAAUGUCAAGAAGCCCACAGCGUAUGUGAGGCCGAUGGACGGUCAGGAUCAUGUGACCAGCAAUUCUCCACAACUGAAGGCCUCACCGGAGCACUUACAGGACCUGAAGGAGAGCAGCAAACCAAACCUUCCCGCGCUGCAGUCUGUUGACGUGGUGUCUGGCGGGCGAGUGGAGGACAUUCUGCAGGAAAUGACCUCAUGGCCUCCACUGUUGACGGCCAUUUGUACGCCAAGCACAGCCGAGCCGCCGAAGUUCGUCUCCACUAACGAGGAGUCGCAUGGAUUCACGGCUCUCAAAGCUCAUGAAUCAUCAGACGGUGUUCAGCUGAAGCCGCAAGGAGGUUCCGGCAGCUCACAGACACAGAAAGGGAGUGACUGGCAGUUGGGAAGAUGGUUAGAAGGCAAGGAGAACCAGCACCAGCAGAGCCCUGGCAGCCCAUGUGAUGUCAUCAAGCCCAACUCCCAUGAUUCCGCUGGACGGACAGAGGCUGCAGGUCAGCAGGGUUGCUAUAGUAACCCGACUGACAGCGGCAAAGCGUCUGAUCACAGACAGACUGCGGGAAACACGUCCACGUGUGAGAAUCUGCUGUCAGGAAGCACAUGCGUGGAAAUUUCCCAGCGUGAUGAAAAUACUUCCACGCGCAGAUCGAAACACAAGAAAACAUCACGUGACACAGAGCAGAAGAGAACGACAACAACAGACAACAAACAGACCCGUCAGCCGCUGCUGGUGAAGAUUCAGCUGAACCUGCUCUCCAGAAUCCCUCGGGAGCCCAAAGCUGUCCGACGCCGAACCAGCCUGACGUCCGCACGCAAGAGAGCCGCGGAGAGGGAUGAAAAGUCUCCAAAGAAGAAACAGAAACUGGACAAAGAGAGAAAACAGUCUUUCUCGUCUCAGCACAGCCUCCACCAAUCAGAAGCCGGCAGGAACAGCGACAGCACGACGAUGAAGAGGACGAAGAGUGUGAAACACGGCUCAGGUCUUCCUCAGGACAUAUCAGGACACAAGUGUCCAUCCGCAGCGGCUCCUGACAGCCAGCCGAGGACGGCAGAGGCUCAUGGGAAGCAGAAAUCCUGCAAGAGCCGCAACGUCCUGCCGGAGAAAGCGUGUCCUCCUGCAGCCCAAGCACGAGCGCUGCUGCCGCCCGACCGCAGGCAACGCUCCGUGGAAGAUCAUCUGAAGGAAGCCAAAAAACUGAAGCACAAAGCAGACGCUACGCCGGAUAAGACGGCUAAAGCCCUCAGCUAUCUGGAGGCUGCGCUGGCAUUCGUGGAGAGCGCCGUUGCCAUGGAGACGGAGCCACAGACGCCCAAAUCUGCCUACACCAUGUUCUCCGAGACGCUGGAUCUGAUCAGGUUUAUACUCAAACUGAAGAGCUACACGGAUCCUUCAGCCGCGGCUCAUGAGAGGGAUUUCUUCGUCCUGUGUCUGCGCUGCCAGUCUCUGCUGCAGAUGGCCAUGUUCCGCUACAGACGGGAUUCGGCGCUCCGAUACUCACGGACACUCACCGAUCAUUUCAGAAGCUCGUCGUGGUCUGCAUCUCCCUCCGUGUCCAGGAGUUCCUCAUCGGCCGCCGGCAGCUCGCUCGUCAUUCCUCAACCCGUCCAGCAGGCGGCGGCGUCUUACGUCAGCAUUACGGCGCUCUUCCUGAGCGCUCACGAGACGUGGGAGCAGGCUGACGAUCUCACACACUCGGGCAGCGGUUUGCUGCGAGAGCUGGAUUCAGCCGUCGGUCCCCUCAGUCUGACGGCCUCCAUGAGCUCGUUAGUGACAUAUGUGCGUCACGGGCUCCACCGGAUCAGACGCGACACACAGAACUCGCUCUGAUCGCUCGCCGUCAUGAGCAGCAGUAGCGUCACGUGAUUCAGAGGAGAAUGAAGGAUUCUGGGAAGAUGUGGCAGCUUUUAUUUAUUCACAGAUGCAGAGAGAUCGAUCGUCUCGUCCGAUCGACUAACGGCUCAUGAAACUAUCGUUCUGAAACUUCUUCAGCCCUGAACAAACCCGCGUCACGUCCUGCUCAUCAGUCAUGUGACAGCUGCUGAGCUUCAAGUGCCUUUUUGUUUUUUCUUAGGGUUAGUUGAUCAGAUCAAGAGUGUCGAGAAUUGCAAUGAAAACGUUUUUGAUUUCAAGUAUUUAUAUCAUCACGUGACCUUUGACCCAAUAGACAAAGAACUGUUUGUAUGUACAGCUGAUGGGCCUGACCUCUGACCUCUGGAGCUUUUCCCAUGAUUGUCUCUAUUUAAUGUUGAUAUGUUUGUGGGAGAUAGUUUGCGAUUUAUUUAUUUUUUUUUUGCGGUGGGGGAAGGGAUUAUUUAUUUGUGUUAGUAGAUAUUUCUAAUAUCAUUUUUGAUCAAGUGCAGAAAUGAUUUUCAGAACAGGCGAUUGAUUGGCUGCUUGUUCUAGAUACCGACUCCUCGUUGGUCAGAUCCUUUGGCACUUUUUAAAUUGAGCACUAAGUAUUUCCUGUUUCCAUCAGUAUUUCCUUUUCCUCUUAAUCUUGGUCCAGAGCAGCAGAUGUUGAUCGACACCCAGACCGUGAUUUGAUUUAUUUUCGGAGAACUCUGGAAGAUUAAAAUACUGUCGAAAUGGACCAUCAAAAUGAAACUAUUUGUAUUUAUUUUCUACCCCUCGAUUGUGCAGUGGGAGUUUGGCUUGGUUUUCUACAACUUUAUCAAAUCUCAUAAAGAGCAGAAGUCUAAUUUGAUUAAUUGACGAAUCUUAAUUGAAAAUGUGUUUGUGCGUCACAUUGUGUUUGUGAAAACGUGUAGUUUUGGUGCCUUGUUGCCUUUUUUGUGGUGACUGAGUUCAGCCGAUGGACUCAAGAUCCAUUUGGAUUUGAAUUGAAUUAAAUCUUUAUUAUCCUUUA